AUGGCCAAGGCCAAGGAGCCGAAAGGCGUCCAGAACCGCAUCAUCUAUUCCAGAGCCUCCUAUCUUUACCAAGCGGCCUCAUACCUCGCCAGUCAAAAUCGUCAACCUGGACAAGAUGCUGCAUCAAAAUCCUCGCCCUCAGGUCAUGAGCACAGUGCUCCAGCACCAACAGCCAACGAACAAAGGGCCACGCAGAAUAUGUCUCGGCAUAUCGCCUCCAGCUUACGGGCCGUUUCUUUGAAGGCCCAGAUUCGACAAAGCCCAGCCAUGAAGCAGACCAUCUGCAAAUUCUGCGACACUCUCCAGGUCGAAGGGGAGACGUGCACCUCAACCGUGGAGAAUGCCAGCAAGGGCGGGAGGAAACCCUGGGCAGAUGUUCUUACGAUACGAUGCAAGACGUGUGGAAACGUCAAGAGGUACCCCGUCAGUGCGCCAAGGCAGAAGAGGAAGACCUUGCGAGGACCGAAGCCCGAUGAGCCCAUGGAGGAUAUUUGCGACGAGACAAAGACUCAAGAGCCCACCCCAGGAACGACACCAGGGCCGUGA